AUCGUCUCGCUGACGGACCUGAUGGCUGGCGUCAAAGCCGAAUCGAAGACGUGCCAGCUGUUCCAGCUGACCUGCUGGCCGGACGGAUACAAGGUACCCCACAUCCACCAACGCGCUCGUCGAGCUGAUGAACAUGGUGGGAGAGGUGGCGACAACGCUCCGGCUACGGGCCCGUCGUUGUCGUCUCGCCCGACGGGCAGUGCCGGGCGGGCGUGUACUGCGCGGCAAACGCCUGCAUCGAGCAGGUGGUCCAGCACAGCGAGGUGGACGUGUUCCAGGCGGUGAAGACCGUCCGCCAGCACCGCCCGCAGCUCAUCUCCAACAUGAUGGAGUACAAGUAUUGCUACGACCUGGUCCUGCACUACGUUCUGCACUACCUGAACAAAACCCACGCGGUCCCCUAGAUGAAGUGGCACAUGCAGUUCCAAGAUCCGCCACUUGCGGCGGCAGGUGACGAGACGUGACGUCACAGGAAGCUGCGUCUCCAAACGGUGACGUCACGAGCGAUAAACAUCACUCGGACGUGACGUCAGCUGCGGUCACCGGCGGCCAGCAGGCCGGGCGCCCGUUUUUUAGCGCGUGUGUUCCAGCCGGGGCGACAUGCGCGCACCUGGCGGCCGUCGGCAGAGACAUCCGGUGGGGACGGCGAGGUCCGCCUCCACACGAAAACGGCCUGCACCCGCUCCUCUUAACACGAAGCGUCUGAUGACAACCACAGCUGCCGAGUUUCCAGUCCCACGUCGCCCAUGACUCGCUCUGGCGUGAUAAGAUUAGAUCCGUGGCAACCGUGUCUGUCCCGAGGGAAUGCGCGAGGUUAUGUCGACACGGCAUGCCCGUUUUGAUCAGCAUUGAAUCUCGGCUGCGCCACCGAACCACACCAACGUGGUCCGCCAUACCAGCAUGGUCUGCUGCACCAGCGUGGUCUGCUGCACCAGCGUGGUCCGCCGUAUCAGCGCGGUUUGCUGGAUCAGCGCGGUCUGCCGCACCAGCGUGGCCCGCCGCACCAGCGUGGUCCACCACACCAGCGUGGUCUGCCGCGCCACCGCGGUCUGGUGGCAUCGCUCUUAGUUUUGCCCCACACGGAUGUGCAGACUGACUGAUGCUCCCACGCGACUCUCAGGUGUUGCCAAUGCAUAGGACCCGCCCGCUGAGUGACUCAACACUCGGCGGCGGCUUGCUCUAGUCACGUGAACCGCGUCAUCGUGUCACUCAGCUUCCGAAAAUUAGCAUUAUAGCUGCGUUAGUGUGCCUCAUUUCGUGUUUACAGUGUUAGAAGUUUUUCAUUAUUCGCAUCAAUAGAUGAAAACUGAAAAGGCGCGAGAAAUCUUUUGAAAUUUUGUAUUUGCCAAAAUAUUUCUUCACAAUUAAUGUUCCACGCCACAGGCCCUCUUCCAAAUAAACAAUGUUUGCAUGUUUUGUGACUGCGAAUCUUAACAAAAAAUAUAAACUUUUAGCACUUCCUCUCUAUACAUGUUUCAGAAUAUCCCGUGCGUUGAUAAUGACCAUAUACAGUGUCAAUGGGUGAUCAGUGUUUGGUGCGCACUUGGGCGUAUUUGACUGCGUUAUAGUUAACCCAACGUCGUGAUACUAAUUGAAUUUUGACGAUGUUUCCCCCCUUGAGCCGGACAUUCAAUUAGACUCUACAGCUACGGAAGCCCCGCUAACUCAACCGUUAAAUGUCAACGCAAGAUUGAUUCUCUAGGCUUAGUCGUAUUAGCAUUGAUUUAGUCGUUUAAGCGGACGGUGGGAUUUCGUGGCGGCUAAGAACCGUGUAUACCAAAUAUAUUGGGCA